AGCAAAGAGGAAGUGCUCAGCCGUUUCUGCUGUGCUGAACUUGGUUUUUGGUACAUUUCUCUACUAUUAUGGGGUGACGUAGAGACGGGGUGGUUGUGGAUCAUUAUUUUGCUGAUGCGAGGCUGGUGCAAGCGUGAUACUAACACGAUACCGUUUUCUUGGGAGCUUCCGAAAGAGUUGAACGGUUUUAUUAGUCCUCAAUCUGUACGUUUCACUCUAACUCCUUUUAUGAGUGCGAAACGGUUCGCCUGUAACCUGCGAUCCGGAGAGGAGUGGCUGUUCCAUUUUCGAGUUGAUUUUCGGAAUUCUAAUGAAAAACACAGCAAGGACGCAGUCAUUCGAAAUAGUACGAGAAAGGGGAAAUGGCUAGACGAAGAGCGAACAAUAUCUCAUUUUCCGUUUUCCAAGGGAUUAACUUGUGACAUUCUUUUUACUGCGUAUGGAUCAACUGUAGCUGUUGAUGUGGAUGGAGUACAUUUUGUUAAAUUCAAGUACAGAGUGGGAGAUGAUCCUUCACUAAUUGAUAAAAUAACGGUUCAAGGCGACUGCAUCUUGCAGCGAUUUGUACAUCGUACGUAUGUCUAG